AUGACUAAAGAUAAUCAUCAUCAUCUGUUAAGAAAUCUAUUUAAAAAAGAGUCAACUCCGGAAAAUAGUAUACCCAGCCCCAAUUCAUCAUCUCAUAUUGGUUUAUCUAAAUUAUUUCAUCAUAGUAAGGAACACCAUGGUUUGAGUCCUAAUAAUUCAAGAAGUCAUGAUAUAAUAACACCACCGAAAAGAUCAUCAUCAAGUUUAUCAUUAAAACGAAGAAAUUCCAAUCCAAUUAAUCGAAAUAGAUCAAACUCGGAAUUAGCAAAUCAACAACAAUAUAAUGUACCUGGAGGUGGUGGUAAGAAAUUUACUAAAGCAGAGACGUUUGAUACAAGAAUUGCAGCAAAACAACACCUUAGAAAUAGUAGAAUACCAUCAAAUCAUAAUAAUCAUUCUCAAAUAGUACCUCCACCUGCUCCACAUCCUGAUAAAAUUGUAUAUAAUCCAUAUGGUAUGAAUAAGACUCCAUCACAAGAAUUACCAAAAAACACUAGCUUUUAUUUAUCAGGAGGUAUUGAUGGAGAACGAGUUUUACAAAAUCCCGUUGCUGAUCCAAAUCAAUAUCUCCCGACUGAAUUACAACAAGCCCAUGUAAAUUUAUUAGAAGAUUUUGAAAUAGAUGUAAGUAAGAAAAACUUAGGUGAUGGUGGAUCAUCAGAUGUUCGCAUAAUAAAUUCAAGUCAUCAUAAAAAAGCAUUAUUUGCAUUGAAAAGAUUUGUAUUAUUGCAUAAAGAGACGGAUGAAGAGUUUUAUAAAAGAGUGGCUAAAGAAUAUAUUAUCCAAAAGAAAGCAAGUUUAUCAAGACAUGUAGUUGAUGUAAUGGCAAUUUUAAGAAUACAAUCUCAAUCUAAUUUAUCUAGAGGUUGGGGUAUGGUUAUGGAAUUUUGUGGAGGUGGUGAUUUAUUCAGUAUGAUUGUUAAACCAGGAUGGAAAAGAACACCACUUAAUGAAAAAUAUUGUUUAUUUAAACAAAUAAGUUAUGGAUUAUUAUUUUUACAUCAACAAGAUAUAGUUCAUCGAGAUUUAAAACCUGAAAAUGUAUUAAUUGAUUCAAAUGGAUUAGCUAAAUUAUGUGAUUUUGGAGUUUCUGAUUAUGGACAUGAAGAUCCACAAAAUUUUGAUUCACCUAUUAAAUUAUCUCAUUCUUAUAUUGGUUCACCACCAUAUUCACCACCAGAAGUAAUGUUACUCAAGGAAAAAUCACACUUGGAGGCUAAAAAUUUUGGUUAUAAUAGUUUUAAAAUGGAUUGUUGGGGCUUAGGAAUGUUAUUAUUUUGUUUAGUUUAUUCAGGACUUCCUUUCCAACAAUCAACCCCAAAUGAUCAUGCUUUUAGAGAUUAUAAAUUUUCACAUAAAAGAUUUUGUUCUGAUCAUCCAAAUUUUAAAAAUAAUCAUGGACAUCCAAAAGGUCCAGGUUCAGAAUUUAAAUUUGCUGCUAAAUUCGAGUCAUCAGGUGCUUCCAGAGUUGCAUGGAAAUUAUGUGAUCCAUCAGUAGAAACAAGAUAUAACCUCAAAAAUUUAUUUGAAGAUCCAUGGUUUAUUUCAUUGGAAAUGUGUAUUUAUGAAAGUGAGGAUCAAUUAAUAAAUCCAUUUGUAUUACCUGGUACUGGUGAAAAUGUUACAACAAUGCCAAAAUCAAAUCAAUCAAGUAAUAAUAAUUCUCAAGUACCAAGUAGGAAACCAACUGAAGAAAAUUUAAAUUCAUCAUUUAGAUCUAUGUUGGAUAUAAAUGAAGGUAAUAUUGGUAAUUCAUCUUCAAAUUCAAUUCAUUCAGGCUCAAGUGUUACCAAUUCACCAAAAAUUAGAUCAAUGUUGGAUGCAGAUAAUUCUCAUUCACCUAGUUUACAACCUAAUAAUGGUGCAUUACCAGCAUUGGAAGAAAGCUCAAUCGAGGAUGGAGAAGAAGAAGACGUUCUUCCAAAUCAAGAAGAAAUGAAAUUGAAUCAAAUUAAUGAAGAGAAAUUGAAUCAAAUUAAUGAAGAGAAAUUGAAUCAAGAAGAACAAAUGAAUUUAGAAAUUGAAAAAGCACCUCCAAGUCCAUCAAGUCUUACUCAAGAACCUCAUCCUGAUCCUAAUCAAAUUUCAGUAGGUCAAAAUAGACAUGGAUUACAUUCAUUAGCUGAUUUACAACCAAAAUUAUUAAAAUCAAAAUCUGAUUUAAAGUUGGAUAAAGAUGGUUUAUGUGAUCUAGGUUAUAAAAUUAAAAAGCAUCAUCAUUUAGAAGUUAGUAAUACUGCAAUACUGGGUAGUUUAAGAAAAAUAUAG